UCACAGCUCCAGGCGCGUCCACGGUAGAUCGGUCAUCAUGUUCGGGCAGCAGGUUCUAGUUCUCAACCAGAACGUGAAGAGAGAGUCUGGACGUAAAGUUCAGACCGGAAACAUCACCGCCGCGAAGACCAUCGCUGAUGUGAUCCGGACCUGCCUCGGCCCGCGGGCCAUGAUGAAGAUGCUGCUCGACCCCAUGGGGGGGAUCGUGAUGACCAACGAUGGAAACGCCAUCCUCAGAGAGAUCCAGGUCCAGCAUCCUGCCGCCAAGACCAUGAUCGAGAUCAGCCGCACGCAGGACGAGGAGGUGGGAGACGGGACCACGUCCGUCAUCAUCCUGGCUGGGGAGAUGCUCUCCGUAGCAGAGCAGUUCCUGGAGCAGCAGAUGCACCCGACCAUCAUCAUCGGUGCCUACAGACAGGCCCUGGAGGACAUGCUGGAGGUUCUGAAGGAGGUCAGCACCCCCGUGGACACCUCCGACCGCUCCAUGAUGCUGAAGAUCCUCCACUCGGCCAUCAACACCAAAGCCCUGAGCCGCUGGUCAGAGAUGGCGUGCAACAUCGCCCUGGACGCCGUCCGCACCGUGGAGCUGGAGGACAACGGGCGCAAGGAGAUCGACAUCAAGAAGUACGCCAAGGUGGAGAAGGUUCCAGGUGGAAUCAUCGAGGACUCGUGCGUCCUGAAGGGCGUGAUGGUCAACAAGGACGUGACGCACCCCCGCAUGAAGCGACUGAUCCGAGACCCCCGCAUCGUCCUGCUGGACUGCUCUCUGGAGUACAAGAAGGGAGAGAGCCAGACGGACAUUGAGAUCAGUAAGGAGGAAGACUUCGCCAGGAUCCUGGAGAUGGAGGAAGAGUACAUCAAGCAGAUCUGUGAGGACAUCAUCCGCCUCAAGCCAGACCUGAUCUUCACCGAGAAGGGAAUCUCCGACCUGGCUCAGCACUACCUGGUGAAGGCCAACAUCACCGCCAUCCGCCGCGUCAGGAAGACCGACAACAACCGCAUCGCCAGGGCGUGCGGGGCUCGUAUCGUCAGUCGGACCGACGAGCUGCGUGAGGAAGACGUGGGUACUGGAGCCGGGCUGUUCGAGGUGAAGAAGAUCGGUGACGAGUAUUUCACCUUCGUCACCGAGUGCAAAGAUCCCAAGGCGUGUACCAUCCUGCUGCGAGGCGCCAGCAAGGAGAUCCUGGCGGAGGUGGAGAGGAACCUGCAGGACGCCAUGCAGGUGUGUCGUAACGUGCUGCUGGAGCCCUUCCUGCUGCCGGGCGGCGGCGCCGUGGAGAUGGCGAUAUCGAAGCGUCUGACCGAGCGUUCCCGUGCUCUGACCGGCAUCGAGCAGUGGCCGUACCGGGCCGUGGCCCUGGCGCUGGAGGUCAUCCCCAGAACCCUGAUCCAGAACUGUGGAGCCUCCACCAUACGAGUGCUGACCUCACUGAGGGCCAAACACACUCUGGACAACACUGCAAAUUGGGGCGUGGACGGAGAGACCGGCCUUCUGUCCGACAUGGCGUCUAUGGGCAUCUGGGACCCGCUCGCCGUGAAGGCUCAGACCUACAAGACCGCCAUGGAGACGGCCAUCUUGCUGCUGCGCAUCGACGACAUCGUCUCUGGUCACAAGAAGAAAGACAAAGAGGAUCAGCAGCAGGGACCAGGAGUCGAGUGAUCCACAUCAGUCCACAUCAGUCCAGAUCCACAUCACUCCGUGUGUUUGUGUGUACGUGUGUGUGUAUGUAUGUGUGCGUGUGUGCGACCAGACGACUCAUCAAACGUAAUGAAAGCAGUGAUUAAAGUUCGAGCCAGUCCUCCUGUUUCCACACGUCAGCUUUGUUUCUGUUCAUCUGAGGUCGUGCUGUUGAUCUGUAGGUCAAUAAUAAAAAUAUGAACAAGUUGAGAA